GAGGCGGGGCUCACCUCGCAGGGGGCAGAGCCUGCGGCCGCCGCGCACCCUCCGCACGCAGCCGGUGCCGGGCCCGCCCCGCGCCAUGUUCCGCAGGGCCCCGCGCACCUUCCGCGCCCGGCGCCGCCCGGCCUCCAGCGGCAGCAGCAGCGAGGAGGAACCGGGGGCUGAGCCUGACCCUGGCCGUGCUCCUGCUCCUGCCCCUGCCCCGCCGCAGGACCCUGGCACCGCCGCUACGGAGGGGCCGGUGCGGAGCGGGGCUGGGGUGCUGAGCUUCGGGAGCGAGGAGGAGCGGGAAGGUGAUGAAGAACUUUUCAAAAUCAAAAAGCCGUCCUUCAAUGAAGUAACCUUUAGAAUUCAAAAGAAGGAAAGCUUGCUGCCUGCACAGAGAGAAGUAAAGGAAAGCAAAACAGAAAUCUGUGAUUCGGUGCCUGGAACUGCUAACAAUGAAGACACGCAUGAAGAGGAGGAGGAGGAGGAAAAUUAUCCUCCACAAAGUGAGGACAACAACAGCGCAGACUCUGAAAAUGAAUCCACUCCCCCAAGGAGGAGGAAGGAUUUAUCACCAGUUAAUAUCCCCAGUGCAGCUUGUAUCGAGUCUGCUCGGAGGAAACGUCACUUAGCCAGGACACAGGCUGAUUAUCUUCCACUGGAUGUUUCAAAUGGUCGUCAGGUUUCUCAGAGAAGAGAAAGCAGUGAAGAGAGUGAAGAUGAGUCUGAUAUGAAGAAUCUCAAUUUUGCUCCGAAAAUGAGAACUCUUAGGCAGAGAAUGACUGAACAGAUGGUGUCUGUUAGUGAUGAGUCAAGUGAAGAUGAAGCACAAAUGAAGUGGGAAGAACAGCAAAUAAAGAAAGCUGUCAAACUCUCUCAGGAAAUUUACAAUGAUGCUUCCCUGUGUAAAUCUCAACCAGCUAAACCCAAGUUUGAUACCUCUGUUUCCUUACCACCUGUGAGCUUGGAAAUUGUAAAAAAGCGACUGACUGAAAGGAUAACAUCAUUGCAGGAUGUGCACUGUGCCCACCAGAGGGAGUAUGAAAAAUAUAUGCAGGACAUUGAAAGUUCAAAGAUGACUGUUGAGGAAUUAGAGAAGUCUUCAGAAGCUGCUUUGAAUUACAAAUUCUACAGGGCCAUGAAGACAUAUGUAGAAAACUUGAUAAACUGUUUGAAUGAAAAAGUAUGUAUCCCUUUUGUCUGUUUCUGUCUUCUGUUAGCUGGGAAAGACAAAUCAACAAAUGGUGGAUUGGAAGGUGAUGAAAAGAUGGAGAUUCUGAAAAUGUGUGAACAUCGAAGGACUUGCAGAUGGCAGGGGAGAGAGCAGUCACAAAAAGCUGAUCACCAUGAAGGCAUGUCAAGUGACGAUGAGCUGACUCCAACAGAGGUGACUGAAUUCCAGAAGAGCAAAGAUAACAUUUUAGAGGAUAGUAGGAAAAUCUUUGAAGAUGUACAUGCAGAUUUUUGUGACAUCAGAAAAAUCCUGUUGAAAUUCCAGGAAUGGAAAGAGAAGUUUCCUGACUCUUACUGUGAUGCUUACGUCAGUUUUUGCCUGCCUAAGCUUUUAAAUCCAUUGAUCAGAGUUGAGUUAAUAAAUUGGAAUCCUCUUGAGCAGAGUUUUACAGACUUGAGAGAGAUGCCCUGGUUCAGAGCUGUAGAAGAAUUCAGUAAUGCCAAAAACUCAUCUGAAUCAAAACGGGAUGAUGAUCCUGAUCAAGAAGUCUUGCCUAGAGUGAUUGAAAAAACUGUUCUACCAAAAAUUGCAGCAUUUGUAAGGAAUGUUUGGGACCCUUUAUCGACUUCGCAGACUGAGAACCUUGUACAGCUUUGCAGAAAUAUCUUUGAAAAACAAGUCCCAUCCAAAACUGAAGGCAGAAAAGCAAAAGAGGAUUUGAUUAAUGAGGUUGUCCUAAGGAUGAAGAAAUCUAUAGAGGAAGAUGUCUUUAUUCCUCUGUAUCCUAAAAGCACUGUGGAAGACAAAUCAUCACCAGGUUCAAAAUUUCAAGAAAGACGUUUUUGGUCAGCUGUUAAGCUGCUCUCCAAUGUUCUUAUUUGGAAUGGGAUUGUACAGGAAAACACAGUCCGUGAUUUGGGACUGAGCAAGCUGCUAAAUCGUUACCUUCUUCUGAACCUCUUAAACACACCACCAGGGCCGGAUAACAUAGAAAAGUGUAGUAAGGUGGUUGCGUGCCUCCCAGAAAGAUGGUUCGAAGAUCUUGGAAAUGGAUCAACUCUCCCGGAGUUAGUGAACUUCUGCCAGCAUUUGCUGCAGUGUGCACGUGUGCUCCACAAGAAUAACCACAGUGAUGAAACAAAAGAAGUUAUUCUUCUGUUGGUGAAAGUCAAGGCUCUGCAUAUUGUUGAAGACUUCAUUGAAGAAUACAAACUUGAACAUCUUAAAACCAUAAUUGGGAAGUAGGGAUUUUUGAAGCAGUGUUUAAAUUACUGAAACAAGCCUGAUAUUCACACUAAAAGAAGUUCUGUUUAAUAAGUGGACUCUGCCUGCCCAAAGAUGUAGCGGUAAUCAGUUGACAUCCCUGUCUUAUUGUGAAAUACUUGAGGACUUUUUUCCAAAUAUAUUCUACUGCCAUCUACUCGUAAGUUAAGGAGUAUUUUAAAAAUCAGUUGCCAAUGUAAACUGUAGACAUCCUGAAAUGUAUGGCAAUAAAGCUUUAUUGCUUUAUCCUUCUGGGAAGGAUUACAGGCACUCCCUAUCUUUCCAGUAAAGUUUAUCACUGCUAGAGAGCUGACAACUUUACAAGCUAUUUUUAGUAUUAUAUAGCUAACUAUCACUCUCCGACUCAGCAACCACUGAACUCUUCUAACUUGUUGUCUGCAGUGAUUCCGGUAGGGUUAUUGUUUAAGUUGUCCAUAGUGGAAAAGAACUGAUAAAGUUGGGAGGGUCUUGACCCUGAUAGAGAAACAGAGGAAGUCGGUGUGCAGUGAAGUGUCUGAUCAGUGUUUACUGGUGGUGAACAGGGGUUUAAUGAGGUAAGAUGUUGCACAGAAUGUCUGGGGAAGAACAAACGUAGUGAAGAUAGCGUAUGCUUUACAGGGGAGUUUUGUACUUGAUCCAGACUGAACUUGUGUGCACAGACUUGGAGUUGUCACACCUUGAUUUAUCAGACUCCUAAUAGACCUCUUCAUUAUGAGAAGCAUAAGCACAACUUCUGUUACCUUCUAGUAACCGACUCCUAGGAAAAUCUUCCCAGUGAGAGGUACUGAAUCUUAUUUCACCAUACCUGUAUUAGAUCUCUCAUGUUUUAUAACUUUGUAUAUUUGCAGUAAGUAAUGCUACAGAAUAUAAAGGAUGUUUUAUUGUAGAAGCCCUAAUGCUUCUCAAAUUCUGUUGGGUGUUUACUUGCAACUCUAUCUUCAGCAUCUUAUGGGAUGCGAAUUUAACUCUUGUAAGUUUAUUCCUUCCCUUUUUAUAUUUCUUAAUUGUAAAAUAUAUUUUUGUAAAAGAUUUUAAUUGUAAAUAGCUCUGAUCAGUGUUACAGACAAAAGAUUACUUUUAAAAUAAAACCAAAACACUUAUUUUGAAAACAA